GAGCAGUCAGGAGGAUGCUGGAGGGCAAUGCCUGGAGAAAGAGAGUAUGAGAUUUGUCGAAAGGCGCUCGAGCUGCUUUCCGACCUGUGCUCCAAAGGAGAGGUGCAGGACGACAACUGCUUGGAUUUCACCUACUACUUUAGGGACCUGGCCAGACCUCGUUACACGGACUCUGAUGUAUCAGUGAGCCUGCUGUCCCUGCUGGUCACCACCUGUGGUCUGGCUUUAUUCAGUGUCUCCCUAUUUGUAUCAUGGAAACUGUGCUGGGUACCGCUGAGUGGCCGAUUUCUCCCAGAUGUCCUAAAAGGUGCACAUUUUCUGGGAGGGGACCAAGAACCUGUUCUCACGGAGGUGGAUGGGGAUGAUAGGGAGUACAGUGAAGAAGGCUGUAUGAAGGAGCCAUCAGGACUCCCAAUGGCUGUUUCUGUCCCAGAGUCAGGUCUAAAGAUCAGCCACACAUCACCUGACAUCCCUUUGGAGGCCCAGGCCAAGGUAGACCAUAUCCAGGCCCACACCUUGGCCAGGGACAGAGUGCAAAGACAAAUCACAGAACCUACGUCAUCAGUACGACACAACUCCAUCCGUCGUCAGAUGAACUUGUCCAACCCAGACUUCAAUCCUACUCAGUUCCAGCGUCAGGAUAGUCUGACUGGUUUAGGUCGGAUCAAGCCAGAGCUUUACAAGCAGCGCUCGGUGGACACAGAUGAUGGACGUAGGACGGACAGCUGUGGACGUCUUCAUUUCAUCCUUAAGUUUGACUUUGAUUUGGAGCAGCUGAUAGUAAAGAUUCAUAAAGCUCAAGAUCUUCCCGCCAAGGACUUCUCUGGGACCUCUGAUCCUUACGUGAAGAUCUACCUGCUGCCUGAUCGUAAAAACAAGCACCAGACAAAGGUGCACCGCAAGACUCUCAACCCAGUAUUUGAUGAGGUGUUUCUCUUUCCAGUGGCAUACACCGAGCUGUCGAACCGAAAGCUGCACUUCAGUGUCUAUGACUUUGACAGGUUCACUCGCCAUGAUUUGAUUGGGCAAGUGGUGGUGGACAAUUUCCUGGAUCUUGCAGACUUCCCACGAGAAACUAAAUUGUGCCGGGACAUCCAAUAUGUCACUUCGGACAAUGUGGAUUUGGGAGAGCUGAUGUUCUCAUUGUGCUAUCUCCCCACGGCUGGCAGACUCACCAUCACCAUGAUCAAAGCUAGAAAUCUCAAAGCCAUGGACAUCACCGGUGCUUCAGAUCCAUAUGUAAAGGUGUCACUGAUGUGUGAGGGCCGGAGGCUAAAGAAGAGGAAGACGUCAACCAAACGCAACACUCUAAACCCAGUUUACAAUGAAGCCAUCGUUUUUGAUGUCCCUCCAGAAAACAUCAAUCAAAUAAGUCUACUUAUAGCUGUCAUGGACUAUGAUCGGGUUGGACAUAACGAAAUUAUCGGGGUGUGCAGAGUGGGUAAUGAGGCUGACACUCUGGGACGAGACCACUGGAGUGAGAUGUUGACAUAUCCACGCAAGCCUGUCGCACACUGGCACCCGCUAGUAGAGUGGGUUGGACAGGGAGCAGCAGGGAGCGGAAGUCAAGGAGGAUCCACCAAUUCUCUGAAGGCACCACCCUCACCCUGAACACACACACACACUAACACCAGGCGCACGCAGGCACACACUCAGACGUGCGCACACACAGGCACCCUAAGCCUCAGGUUGGUAGACUAAUGAAGAAUGGACCUACAAAAAGAACCAUAAAGGCUUAUCCCUACUUUACUUACAAAAAAUCUCAAAUACAUUCCAACUAAACUGCUGCAUUAUACUAUAAUCAUUGUAGCUGUUAAUAACAAUAUUAAUAUUUUGAAACUAACUUACUUUUGUGUGAGUUGUUAGAUAACUGUGACUGACUACCUAGGAUUAAGUUAAGGUUGGUUCAACGUAAUAAAUGUCAAAUUUUGAAGUGAAAAUAUUUUUUUCUUUCAUUUCAGCUUUCUAAAAAUAUAGUGAACUAUUUGCUUCAAGAACAUGUCAAGAGGCUAACAAAAAUAAAUGAACUUUUUUUCUUUUGCUUAAAGCAUGUUUAAGUAGCAUUUAUCACAGUGUUUGGUCAAAAUAAAGAAAAUAGAGGCAUAGAAAUAUUUGUGUGUAUGCAUUUUUCAGAGAAGAGCUCUUUUAGAGUGUCUGGGUACAGUUUUUUAAAUGUAUUCUCUUUCGCUUCAGGGCAUUUUAACUGAACUUUCCUAAUUUAGAAAUAUGCCCCACAUAGAGUAAGUGAAAUAAAAUCAGGAUUCCAUUUAAAAAUGGAACCACCAACCAGUCAUUGGCGAUAUGCUAUUUUAGCAAUUUUUUUAUCGUGUAUUUAAAUAUAAACAAAAACUCGUUCAUCCCCAAAAUGCCUUUCUAUCUUUGGUAACAUACACAUUCACAGGAGUUGGCUAACAAACAAACAAACAAACAAACAAACAAACAAACAAACAAAACAGCCAACAUAUUGUGAGUAAUAAAUGUUCUUCUUAAAGUGAGACAACACCAUGUUGUAUUUGUAAACUUGUUUUACAUUUAGGUUUUGAAAAAGUGUUUUGGACACUGUCACAAGUUGCAGUGAUGAUUUAUGUUUGUCAAGUAAAUGCAUGCAUUAUGCUUAGCUUUGCUUCUGUCAGACGAGAAUACAAACACAAUCUGUAUUGGUUACAAUGUCCCUUCAGAUGUUAUUAAUAAAUAUUUCUUUAUGAAUGGA